AUGCCAAAAAAAUACCUUGACAAGAUAUCAGUGAACGUGUAUGAUAUGGGACCCUCUACACGACUCAUCUACCAGAACGAGUUUUCUGAUUACAGUCUUAAAAUUGGGAACAACAUUCUGUCACAAAACUGGGGACAGAAAAAAUUAGUAGCCAGUUAUUUAUCGGAUCACAAUGCUUUCUCAUUACAGUUAACUUACAAAGUGUACUGUUCUGAGGGCUACUAUGGAUCAGAAUGUACCGCUCACUGUCCUGGUAAUCCAAGGAAGUGUGUAGUCAACGGGCAUACCUACUGUAAAAUGGGUUGGGGUGGCACCAACUGUGACCAAGACGUUAACGAAUGUUCUACACAUAAUUUCUGCAGUCAUGGUCAAUGUACAAACACUGUUGGUAGUUUUCAUUGUACCUGUCCUCCCUCCGUGUACGGUCUGAAGUGUCAGCUGGAUGAGGAUGAAUGUUUACUGAAGCCUUGUAAUGGCGGAGAAUGUAUCAACAAAAUAGGGAGUUACCAGUGUCAGUGUAAGAACGGAACCACUGGUAAAAACUGUGAAGCUUUAACGGCACACACGUGUUCCGGCAUCACGUGUAAUAACCAUGGAACGUGUAGUGUCCGAGAUCAUAAGACAGUGUGUACGUGUGAUUCAGGCUACUCUGGGACUGACUGUUCCGUCAGAGACUUCUGUGGAAACAAUAAAUGUCAACAUCAUUCUACGUGUGUUAUUGGUGAAACAAACUAUACCUGUCACUGCCAAAAAGGUUAUAUGGGUCAAUAUUGUGAAAUUCGGGAUUACUGCGCCAGUCAGCCUUGUCUUAACUCGGGAAUCUGUACGAACACCCCGACACGAUACCAGUGUAAAUGUGUUGAUUAUUUUACUGGGAGAACAUGCAGUGAGUAUAACUAUUGUGGGGGAAUUAAUUGCAGUGGUAACGGUAUUUGUCACGUGGUUGGAAAGGGUCGUCAUUGUUCUUGUAACCCAGGGUAUAAAGGCACCGACUGUGAAAUCCAUGACUACUGCUAUAACAAGAACUGCUCAAACCACGGAAAUUGUAACAACGGAAACAAUGAGUUCACGUGUACCUGUAGUGGCGGAUACACCGAUAAAGACUGCGAAACACGGAAUUAUUGUAAUAAUAAGCACUGUUCUAACCACGGUACGUGUCAUAACGAACAUACCUCAUACAGAUGUAACUGUACCUCUGAGUACAUCGGUAAAGAUUGCCAGACACGAGAUUAUUGUUACAAUCAGAAAUGCUCUAGUCAUGGCACCUGUCAUAACGGACGAACCACGUACACAUGUACUUGUCAUUCAGGAUACACGGGCACAAACUGUGAGCACACUUACUGUUACAACAAAAUAUGCUCAAACCAUGGUAAAUGUGUAAAUGGUCAAAACACAUAUACAUGUAACUGUACCGCUGGAUUCACGGGUACAAACUGUGAAAAAAUAGAUUAUUGUAACAAUCAGCACUGUUCUAACCACGGUACUUGUCGUAACGGAAAUACCAAAUAUACAUGUAAUUGUAACCCUGGAUACACCGGUACAAACUGUGAAAAAGUAGAUUAUUGUAACAACCAGCACUGUUCUAACCACGGUACUUGUCGUAACGGAAAUACCAAAUAUACAUGUAAUUGUAACCCUGGAUACACCGGUACAAACUGUGAGAAAAUAGAUUAUUGUAACAACCAGCGUUGUUCUAACCACGGUACCUGUCGUAACGGAAAUACCAAAUAUACAUGUAAUUGUAACCCUGGAUUCAUCGGUACAAACUGUGAAAAAGUAGAUUAUUGUAACAACCAGCGCUGUUCUAACCACGGUACUUGUCGUAACGGAAAUACCAAAUAUACAUGUAAUUGUAACCCUGGAUACACCGGUACAAACUGUGAGAAAAUAGAUUAUUGUAACAACCAGCGUUGUUCUAACCACGGUACCUGUCGUAACGGAAAUACCAAAUAUACAUGUAAUUGUAACCCUGGAUUCAUCGGUACAAACUGUGAAAAAGUAGAUUAUUGUAACAACCAGCGCUGUUCUAACCACGGUACCUGUCGUAACGGAAAUACCAAAUAUACAUGUAAUUGUAACCCUGGAUUCAUCGGUACAAACUGUGAAAAAAUAGAUUUUUGUAACAACCAGCGCUGUUCUAACCACGGUACUUGUCGUAACGGAAAUACCAAAUAUACAUGUAAUUGUAACCCUGGAUACACCGGUACAAACUGUGAAAAAAUAGAUUUUUGUAUGAACCAUCACUGUUCUAACCACGGUAAAUGUGUGAAUGGACACACGUCAUACACAUGUAGUUGUAGCACAGGAUACUCGGGUAGGAACUGCCAGACUCGGAAUUAUUGUUACAAUAAUCGUCAAUGUCACAAUGGCGCCACAUGUGUGAAUGGGAAUUCUAAUUAUACCUGUAAAUGCGUCCAUGGUUAUAAAGGUAUCCACUGUGAAGUGCGUGAUUUCUGUUACAACAAAAACUGUAGUGGGCGUGGAACGUGUCAGAAUGGUCACCAUGGUUACUCCUGUAACUGUAAUUCUGGUUUCCUAGGUAAUGAUUGUGAACAUGAUUAUUGCUUCAAUAACACGUGUAAAAACGGAGCUACCUGUCAUAGUGGAGCGUCAAACUAUACGUGUUCUUGUACGCGGGGAUACGUGGGGUCACUUUGUGAAACUCGGAAUUAUUGUCACGGUCAGACAUGUAGCAGGAGAGGAACAUGUCAAAAUGGCCGCAGUGGGUACACGUGUCAUUGUCCGCCACAGUAUCUCGGAAAUAACUGUGAAUUAAACAACUAUUGUCAUAGUAACCCAUGUAAACAAGGAACGUGUACAAAUACUAACAAUGGAUAUAAGUGUUCCUGUACUGCGGGAUAUACCGGGACAAACUGUGAUAGAACAGAUCAUUGUUACAAUCAACAUUGUUCUCACCACGGUACUUGUCACAACGGAAAUAGCGCAUAUACUUGUACAUGUAACGUUGGAUACAUAGGUAAAACCUGUCAAAAAACAGAUUUUUGUAACAAUCAGCAGUGUUCUAACCACGGUAGAUGUGUGAAUGGACAAAGUUCAUACACAUGUAGUUGUAGCGCAGGCUACUCGGGUAAAAACUGUCAGACACGGAAUUAUUGUUACAAUAAUCAUCAAUGUCAGAAUGGCGGCACAUGUGUGAAUGGGAAUUCUAAGUAUACCUGUAAAUGCGUCCAUGGUCAUAAAGGUAUCCACUGUGAAGUGCGUGAUUUCUGUUACAACAAGAACUGUAGUGGGCAUGGAACGUGUCAGAAUGGUCACCUUGGUUACUCCUGUAAGUGUAAUUCUGGUUUCCUAGGUAAUGACUGUGAACAUGAUUAUUGCUUCAAUAACACGUGUAAAAAUAGAGCUACUUGUCAUAGUGGAGCGUCAAACUAUACGUGUUCUUGUACGCCGGAAUACAUGGGAUCACUUUGUGAAACUCGGAAUUAUUGUCACGGUCAGACAUGUAGCAGGAGAGGAACAUGUCAAAAUGGCCGCAGUGGGUACACGUGUCAUUGUCCGCCACAGUAUCUCGGAAAUAACUGUGAAUUAAACAACUAUUGUCAUAGUAACCCAUGUAAACAAGGAACGUGUACAAAUACUAACAGUGGAUAUAAGUGUUCCUGUACUGCGGGAUAUACUGGAACAAACUGUGAUAGAACAGAUCAUUGUUACAACCAACAUUGUUCUAACCAUGGUACUUGUCGUAACGGAAAUACCAAAUAUACAUGUAAUUGUAACCCUGGAUACACCGGUACAAACUGUGAAAAAAUAGAUUAUUGUAACAACCAGCACUGUUAUAACCACGGUAGAUGUGUGAAUGGGAGAACCUCGUACACGUGUCGAUGUGACGCUGGAUACACUGGGAAAGACUGCGAACAAACUUACUGUUCUCGUCAUCAGUGCAUUAACGGUGCCACUUGUGUCGAUGGAAAUUCUGGUUAUACGUGUAAAUGCGUUACUGGCUACACUGGUUCACACUGUCAAGUACGCGACUAUUGUUACAGGCAAAACUGUAGUGGACAUGGAAUAUGUUACAAUGAGGAACAUGGAUUUGUCUGCUCUUGCAACGAAGAAUUCUAUGGUGUUCACUGUGAACGCCCAUUUGACUGUUACAUCAACCCAUGCCUUCAUGGAGUAUGUUACGAUCUCAAUACAACUUACCAAUGUUUUUGCAGUGAUGGAUAUACUGGGCGCCAUUGCGAUAUUCCGUUAGUCACAGAAAUCAGUACGGAAGCGGUUACUACACCAGAACAUACCUCAGUUCAGAUGUGCACUUCGUCUGCCUGUAACUAUCAUGGAACCUGCUUCCCGGAGAUCAAUCACAGAGGUUAUGUCUGUGACUGUUUUCCUGAUUGGUUGGGUGUUGACUGUGAGACAUACAACUUCUGUCAUAAUAUAUCCUGCUCACAUCAUGGGCAGUGUUUCACUGGGCAUAAUGAUUUUCUUUGUUUGUGUGAUGACGGUUUCACAGGCAAAACGUGUAAUUUGAUUCAAAACUGCAAACCGGAUUCUUGUACUAGUCCCCACGUAUGUACAGAACACGGGAACGGUUACACGUGUGAUUGUCCAUCUGGGUUAUCUGGAAGUUUGUGUCAGUACAUUGAUCAUUGUUUUAGCAAUCCGUGUGGUGUACACGGAAAUUGUCUAUCUGAAAAUAACACGUUGCGAUGUGUGUGUGACAAGGGAUGGACAGGAAUCAAUUGCUCAGAUGCGGAUUUUUGUAGCUCUAACCCAUGUAAAGGUAACGGAAACUGUUCAAAUACACCGACUAAUUUCACUUGCUUGUGCGAACCUGGAUGGGUAGGUGGUGAUUGUAGCAUUCGUGAUCCUUGUCAGGACCACGUUUGUAGAAAUGGAGGAAAUUGUUCCAUAGAAAUUGAACAAAAGAUGCUUGAACAUACAGGAUCGGAUCCCUUUUCCUUAUCAACAUUGACAGUUCUUGAUGAAGUAGCGACUGCAAAAUGUCAUUGUCUGCCAGGGUGGAAUGGAAGUCGAUGUGGAGAGGAUAUGAAUGAAUGCUCAAUCGCUGGUGUUUGUUCCGGACAUGGGAAGUGCAAGAACACUAUAGGCAGCUUUGUCUGUGACUGUGAAGUCGGAUGGGAAGGGUUACAAUGCGAAAUUAACACCGAUGACUGUAUUUCAUUUCCUUGCCUCAACAACGGAACGUGUCAAGAUGAUCUAAAUAGUUUUACCUGUUCGUGUUCUCAGUAUUGGGAAGGUGACACGUGCCAGAGAGACGUGAAUGAAUGUAAUUACUUUCCAUGUGGAGUCCACGGUACGUGCAUAAACCAUGAAGGGAAUUACUCUUGUAGCUGCACGUCGUCAUGGUCUGGGAGACACUGCGAAAUUCAUACGAAGUCUUGCUCUCUUCAACCAUGCCAAAACAAUGCAACUUGUAUAGAUGUCGAUGAUACAUUUUUCUGUGAAUGUGCAACAGGUUUCGCGGGCCGUAUGUGUGAAAGUGAUGUAGACGAGUGCAAAAUGAUCUCGCCAUGCAAGCAUUCAGGAACGUGUGUUAACACGUAUGGAUCCUAUCGCUGCAAUUGUAUUUCGGGCUGGACAGGAGACCUUUGUGAUAAUGAUAUAGAUGAAUGCAGGACUUCGCCGUGUCCGCAGAACACGACAUGUAUUAACGAACUCAGUGGUUAUCGUUGUGCCGAUUGUUCAACCUUUGCCUGUUUGAAUGGUGGUCAUUGUAUUGACAGGCUAAACGGACCUGAAUGCUCAUGUACGACGAAUUGGACUGGAACACGCUGUCAGCAGCGGAACUUCUGUACCAACAAUCCUUGUGCUCCAUACGAAAAAUGCAUAAAUACGAAAACAACUUACGCCUGUGAAUAUCAUCCUUGUUUGAGUUCGCCGUGUAGGAAUAAUGGCACUUGUGUUGAAACAGGAAUUGGUUUCCAGUGUCAGUGUCCCAAUGGAUGGAUAGGUAGCACCUGUUCGGAUAAAGAUUAUUGCGCCUCGGUUACCUGCAUGAAUAAUGGAACGUGUUCUAAUGCAAAUGGGACUUUUCUCUGUUCUUGUUCGAAAAACUGGUAUGGAGAAAGAUGUAGCUAUUUCGAUUUCUGCUUUUCGUCUCCGUGCGUUAAUAGUGGAAUAUGCCAUAAUGACUACGGAAGUGGUGACUUUUCGUGCGAAUGUAAGAACGGCUGGGUCGGUAAAAAGUGUGAAAAUAAAGAUUUCUGUCUUUCAGUUCCAUGCGUAAACAACGGUAUUUGCGUCAACCUGAAUGACACUUACACUUGCACCUGUUCUUCGGUGUGGGUCGGAAGAAACUGUCAAUACUAUAACUACUGUCUUCAGCAUCCGUGUGGGGACAACGCAAAGUGUAUCAACCAGAAUGAUACAUAUUCCUGCAUAUGUGACCCCGGGUACAUCGGCCAACACUGUGACUUUAUUGAUCAUUGCCACGUGAACCCUUGCCUCAAUAACGGAACCUGUAGUUUGGAACCAUAUGGUUAUCGCUGUCACUGUCAUGGAGGUUACGUUGGAAACCGAUGUGAGCGCGAUAUGGACGAAUGCACUUUUGACCUUUGUCCUGCCAAAUCAACCUGCUACAAUAAAGACGGUGGAUAUGAAUGUAUUUGGAAUACUAGACGUAGAAGGGGAAUUCAAAUGGGAAUUAUAAAUACUGCAAAACUUCAUAGAGUUAGGUUCCCAUUUGAUCUUUCGAGAGUAGUUGACAAUUUCCAUGCGACACUUACAAAGGAACUCUGUUCAUCCCCGGAAAAUGCUGUCUUUCUUCCCAGAAAACUGGAAGUUCGUUCAAGCGACGAACCUCGUAUCCUUCUGCAGUAUCACGCUUCUUGUCAAAAAACAACAGAAAGCACAAGGGGCGAGAAAACAAUAGAAAGCACAAGGGUGGGGAAACAGUGACCAUUCUCUGACCUUCAACCAAGGACAAAUUAAAAGAAUAACCUUAUAAAAUUUUAACUGAAUAUGUUUAUUUUCCUAUCGUUGUGUUUUAAUUUCUUUUACAUUAUAUAAUAUAUUUCAGUCAAAAAGAAUGAUUUAAUUUGUAAAUCAGUGUAGCAUAUGCUUAGGCAAACUUACUAUCUUUUUAUUCAGAAUUAGAUUGUUGUUGUUGUUCAGUAAACCGACAAGAUAUGAUUUGUAUUUAAUGUCAAACCUCUUCAAAUAUAUGUUAUCCCCCCUACAAUUAGGGUUAACAGCACUAAUUUUACAAUAAUAUUGUUCAAAGGGGAAAAAUCAAAGGAUUACUAAUGAAGAAAUCUGUGGCUAAAUCGAAAAAGUUCCGCCAUUUUGAUUCUGAUAGUGUGGUAGACCAUUGUAUUUUAAAAGAUGAGUUACAGAGGUGGGUCUAGAGGAGGGGGUUAUGGGGGUUGUAUAUCAGGCGCGGAUCUAGAGACGGGGUUACGGCGAUCGUACCUGAGGUGGUGUUACGGGGGUUGUACAUCAGUGGCGGAUCUAGAAGCGGGGUUAUGGGGGUUGUACAUCAGAGGCGGAUCUAGAGACGGGGUUAUGGGAGUUGCCACCAAUCCCUUUGGUCGAAUUAUUUUCAAAAAUGGUAAUUAGUCAUCAGUAGAAUUAUCACGUUAAACAUCACUUUAAGUACAAGCAUUGUAAUGCAAUCAUAUCAUUUAUAUAGUAUUUAUCAUUGUAUGCAUUAUAUAUUUCAUAUUGCUCAUAUUCAAGUAUAAUACCAUCUGGUAGGCAUAAAAAUGUCAAUAAUGUAUACAUGUUGUAAAACAAUUAAAUUUGAUGUGAUAACAUUCUCUACCUCCUAUUGUGCACAGAUUUGUAUUGCAAUUCAAUUUAUUAAAACAUACUGCAUAA